GUUGAAAAUGUUUGCUGCAGCCACUAAGAACUUUGUGAAGCAGGUGGGAGACACGGGGAGGCUGAUCCCCGUCCCCGGCCUCAGCGAGGCCGACCGCUACCAGCCCCUCAGUCUGGUGACCAGGAAGAGGAAGAAGCAUUUCUGGAAGAAGAACAAAUACGCCUCAACUCCCUUCUCGCUGAAGGACAUCCUUGUGGGGGAAAAGGAGAUCACAGCAGGAGUCUCGUCCUAUCAGCUCCUGAACUACGAGGAUAGGUCUGACGUAGCCCUGAACGGGCGAUUAGGGAACCACAUUAUCAGCGACGUGGGCUUCAACAUCAGCGGGUCCGACUCCGUGGCCGUCAAAGCUUCCUUCGGCAUCGUGACCAAACACGAGCUGGAGGUGCCCACUUUACUACGAGAACUUAACUCCAGGAAGGUGGACCUGGAUCACUGCCUGAUCCGUCAGUCCAGGGAGAGCCGGCGCAGCGUCCUCUGUGUGGUGGUGGAGAGUAUCAGAACCACCCGCCAGUGCUCGCUGACCGUGCACGCCGGCAUGAGAGGGACGACCAUGAGGUUUCAGAUCGACGACGGCAGAAACCCCAAAGGUCGAGACAAAGCCAUCGUCAUUCCAGCUCACACCACCAUCGCCUUCAGCAUCUGCCAGCUGUUUGUUCGCCUGGACGGCCGUCUCGACAUCUGUGUAGCUCCAGAGUCCCAGGGCGGUUUUGAGCGGGAGCAGAUCCGGGAGCAGCUGGGCGGUUACAUCGGUCACUUCUCCAUGGGUCGACUGCGACGGUUCCUGUCCGGGAUCAUCUACGGAAACCCCUUCAGGGCAGACGACCGGACCUUCGAGGAGCUGACCCACUCCGACUCCUACCUGGACGACGUGGUGACCGACUACUACGAGAAGGCGGCCAGCAUGACGGACGUGUCCACCGCCUACCUGAGGGAAAGCUCUCACACGCGCGUCAACCUGCUCAAACACAACAUCCCCAAGGGCGCCUGCGCGCUGUGCGGCAUGGGCAGCCAGCGGCGGGAAACCGUGUACGGCUGCCUGGAGUGCUCCGGCGGGGGGCAGAAAUACGUCCGCCUGCACGUCGUGCCCUGUUUCGAUCUCUGGCACAAAACUCUGAGGUGAAACCGCCAGGAUUCCUGGACUACAAGACCAAUCUGGUCCACUGAGCCUCCAUGAAAACCCGUCC